CCCACGCACUCCCCUUCCCUGCGCCGUGCUGAGCUGGAAAAUGGCUGUGUAGGGGAGCAGGGAGUCAUGAACGGGAAAAGAAAGAAAGAGCGAGAGAAAGAAAGAAAGAAGGCGAAGCCAUAAGUGAACAGAAGGUUUGCUAGAAAUGUAUUGCACACCAAGAAGCUAUCGUCCGCAGAGAAGACACCACACGGACUCUUGUCUGCUACUUUGAAGUGUUUAAAGCGCAGCAGCCAAAAGUGAAGAGUCGAGAAAUAUCCGCGGGUCGGUCAUAAUCCUUGUCCAGAACAUGUGGUAGCCUAAGAGAACCGAAGAGGAUUAAAGACCUUCCCACUCUUCCUCCAAUCAGACAACUUGAUUUGACCGUGGCGAGUCAACGACGCAGGGCUGUCGACUGGCAAAAUCUUUUACCAGGCUGCUCCAAUAGCCACAGCCAGCAGGUUUUCGCUGCUUGAAAGAGCAUGUUGCCAACGCUCUCCCUCUGCUCCAUCAUCUGGCUCAACCGGGGUAUCAAGCUGAGGAAAGUGCACCAGUUCACCAACACCGGUCAGGUCUGAAACCGCUGCCUCUGCAGACAUAGCAGCAGCAGAACACUACCUUAUCGACUUUUGAAAAUGCUUCUAAGCUUUGGGUGACUCCCCCUCCUCCCCUCAUCCCCCCGACCCCCUAAGCCACCGUACCAGCACCAACACCAACACCAACACCAACACCAGAGUUUAGUGACUCAACAGCCUUUUUGGUUUCUGAGGAGGAUUUCUGUAUAGGCGAACCUCUGUUGUUGCAGUGGGACUCGGGCUGCACCAUCUAAUCCUCUAUUCAGUGGCCAUUUUGAUUUUUGCCUCCCUAACAAAAUGGCGAUGGAAGGUUUUCAAUACCUAGCGCUCUACGCAUUUACCAAGGACCAGGAAGAGGACCUGGAUCUGCAGCCUGGGGACCUUCUGACAGUCAGCAAGGCCUCUCUGCUGUCCAUGGAGAACUACCAGGAGGGCUGCGUGGAGCAGCCUGAGCGCCUGGGCUGGCUCCUUGGGUACAACGAGCGCACCAAACAGAGAGGCGACUUCCCAGGGACGUUUGUCGAGUAUCUGGGCCCCGUGAAGAUGGCGCUCUCAUCGAGUCAACCCAGGUCCCAGCGACCCCUCCCUGCUGCUCCAAGACCCGAGUCGUCUCAAGUUAAGUCUGUUUCUGUGCCGGACCUGAGCGAGCAGUUCACACCGCCAGAGACUGCUCCUCCAGCCCUUGCCAGCCUGAUCCAAGCCAUAGAGAAGAGAGGUUUGGACUGCAAGAUAUUGUACAGGCCAACUGUUUCCUCAGGUUCAGACAGCCCAGUGUACAGCCUGAGCUCUGAGAGUGAGAUGUGUCAGAAAGAUGUGGGGUACCUGUCGGAGUGUGUCCUGAACUACCUGAGAGACCUCCCGUCCCCCGUCAUCCCUGCCUGUAUCUACGCUCACCUUCAAACUGCUCUCACACUGCAGCAGCAGGUCCUACAGCAGUCAGCAGAUGGUGCAGCUGCUGGAAGCCAUGACAGAGAGGUAAGCCUGGUCCUGGAGAACUCCACCUCCGUCCCUCUCCAUCACCGUCUCACCCUGCAGUACCUCCUCACACACCUGGCCAAAGUCACCCAGGCGCAGGCCAGUCAUGGCCUGGACACACACACAUUGGGAAAGAUCUUUGGACCACUGUUGAUACGGACAGGCCCCUCCACCCCUUGGUUGUCAGUGGAUGAGGAGUUCCCUGCCCUUGUGGUGGAGAGGCUGCUGAUAGAGAGAACUACAGAGCAGGACCUCACUCCUCCAGUUCUUCCAGCAAAGCCAGUCAAGUCGAAAAUGGCACCAUCAGCCAUGACAGACACAAGCAGCCUGCUGAAUGAUGCUGAGUGGUACUGGGGAGAAAUCUCCAGAGAGGAGGUGAAUGAGAAGCUGCGAGACACUCCAGAUGGCACCUUCCUGGUCCGAGAUGCCUCUAGUAAACUGGAGGGCGAGUACACUCUCACCCUCAGGAAAGGGGGGAACAACAAGCUUAUAAAGGUUUACCACCGAGACGGGAGGUAUGGCUUCUCUGAGCCUCUUACCUUCCUGUCUGUAGUGGAGCUCAUCAAUCACUACCGCCAUGAGUCCCUGGCCCAAUACAACGCCAAACUGGACACCAGGCUUCUGUACCCUGUCUCUAAAUACCAACAGUUAGUGAAGGAGAACAGUAUAGAGGAGGUGGGAGAGCAGCUGAAGGUCUAUCACGAGCAGUACCAGGAGAAGAGCCGCGAGUACGACUCUCUGUACGAGGAAUACACACGCACCUCACAGGAGCUGCAGAUGAAACGCACAGCCAUUGAGGCCUUCAAUGAGACCAUCAAGAUCUUCGAGGAGCAGUGUGAGACUCAGGAGCGCUACAGCAGGGAGUCUUUGGAGCGAUUCCAACGCGAGGGCAACGAAAAAGAGAUUCAAAAGAUCCAGAGCAACUCGGAGCGUUUGAAGUCUCGUGUGAAGGAGAUCCACGACAGCAAGCGUAAGUUAGAGACGGACCUGAGACAGCAGGUCUCUGAUAACAGAGAGAUCGACAAGAAGAUGAACAGCCUCAAGCCAGAUCUCAUGCAGCUCCGCAAAAUCAGAGACCAGUACCUAAUAUGGCUGACACAGAAGGGGACAAGGCAGAAGAAGAUUAAUGAAUGGUUGGGCAUAAAGAAUGAUGCUGAUGAUUCCUACUCACUGGAGGAGGAUGAGGGUUCACCCCACCAUGACGAGUGUACCUGGUAUGUGGGUGACAUCAAACGCACCCAGGCUGAGGAAAUGCUGAGAGGCAAAUGUGACGGGACCUUCCUCAUCCGUGAGAGCCAAUCACAGAAGGGCUCCUACGCCUGUUCUGUAGUUGUGGAGGGGGACACCAAGCACUGCGUCAUCUACAAGACGGCCACAGGUUAUGGAUUCGCUGAGCCCUACAAUCUGUACUCGUCCCUCAAAGACCUGGUGCUCCACUACAAAAACGUCUCCUUGGUCCAACACAAUGACCAGCUAAAUGUAAAUCUGGCCUACCCAGUCCUGGCCCGUUCUCAGAACCAAAACCAGCACCCCAGAUGAAUUAUCCACCAUCAGUGUACACGCCAACCAGGGUGGCGAAACUGAAUUUUUACUCAUAUGCAUUGAAAAAAAAACAAUCCUUUGAACAAUGCUUGUUCUUGUUUGAGUGGCAAAGAGAAAUAGACUCAACAGCCAUGAUUUGAAAUUCAUACAUUUUGGUGCUAAUUUCCUGCACCAACCCCAGUCCAGAAAAGAGCACUCCUUGCUUCCAGCAUGGCUUCAAAGUAAACACACAACUACCGUUAUUGAAGCACUGUACAGUUAGCCUGGCUAACGCAGUGAGUUUUAACUUGAGGAGAGUGAUGCAUUAGCCAGCCCUGACUGUACAGUGUCAGUUAUGGAGAAAAAAACUGUGAGAAAUUCACAAGAAAAUAAAGCAAACAAAAUGUGGUUUUGAAGAUCGUGGAGAAGAGGAAAGAAACCAGAUGGAGGGAUGAUGGGAAGAUUUACAGGAGGCACUUUUGUUUUUUGCCUGAAAACGUGAUAACUGUCCAUAGACAAAGGCCCGAUCUGUUAUCCCCAGACUGCCUGCAAUCCCUCUGUAGACAAAAGCCUGAGCUGUCAUCCACUGAAAGGACUGGCUUGGCUGAACCAGGCUGCUCGCUUCACACCUAAAGGCGGCUGAAAAACCGUGGACCACAGGGUGUAGUCACUGAAGCCGAGAGGGGCGUGGGAGGGAAAGAAAUUGCUGGGGUUGAGGUUUUUAUGGGUUUUGAAAAGAUUGAUUAAAUUUAAAGCUUGCUUAAGUGCCAUAGUAAUAGCUUUGAAUGACCACAAGCCUGUGUCACUAGAGGGGGGGCACAUCGAGGUUGAAAGAAGGAAGGAGAGAAUGAAUGGCUGUCGACAUAGACAAAGCUUUAAAAAAACAUACACACAUAUAGGUAUAUUUUUUAUGAAAUGAUCUUUAUUUCCAACUGCUUUGGCUUGUUGCUCUCUCUCUCUCUCAGUGGGCCUCCUUUUGAAUUGACGAGGUACAACAUAGAGUAAAUACUGUACUGCAGGAUAAAAAAUGCAUGGUACAUAUUUGGUGUAUUGUGAAUAUAUAAUUUUAAUCACAAUACACUAGAUGGAGAGGUACAUUGAUAAAUGCAGUUCCACAUGAUUCAGGUUUCCUUCUAAAUGGAAAUUGUGGAAAGACUCCAGCAUCAAACGUCUCUUAGUUUCAAACUUCUUCCUUCUUUUUUUCAUCCUAUUUGAUACUGUAGCAUCUGUAGCCAUUGACUUAGGGCAUAACUGUUAGUGCUCCUCUUAUGUGUCUUGUUUCUCUAUGCUAAGGACACUUGCAGAGCAUCAAUCUAUGUGAUUAUUGUAACUUCGGUACUGUAUUUGCCUUGUCUCUAGUUAGAUUAGACUGUUUUAGCGGUACAAUGUCUUUGCAGAUGUUUAUUGUUUUUUUUUUUAAUGCAGAUUUACUUGCGGUACUUCCUUCCCCCUUUCACGCUUCAACGCUUUCAACUAUUCAUUUCAUCCCAAGCUUGACUCAGAGCUGUAGAACAUUUGAUGUACAAAAAAAAGAAAGCAGUAAUAUAACUCAUGUACAGUAUAUUUCAGACACAUGCAGUCAGUGUAUGUGACUACACAGUUUCAUCACUGUGUUUCUUUAUGUUUUCAGAAUAUUUGCUAUGCUCUUAGAUUCUGUUUAAGGAAGCACAGUACCCAGCUAAUGUGAGCCAAAUGAAGGAUGUCUUUUCAUGUAGCAAGAAAGAGGAAAAAAAAAAAAGAACCAGGCCGUUUGCCAUUUAGCAUGGGCUCUGUGGUCUGAGAGAUUAUCUAGUGCAGUAUGCAUGGAGUCCUUCAUUUGGAUUGUUGUUUUUCUUGUUUCACUUGGCACCAGUGGUUGAUAAUUGUACUUUUUGUACUGCGAAUACAGUAUGAUGUGUGGUAGUACUAUGCACAACAUAUGUGGAUAAUAAGUUUUUAGAUUUACAGACAGUGUUCUGAGGUCAGUCCCCUCCCUCUGUUCUGUGCUGUGGCAGUGACUUUCUCCCAUUUCCCUCAUGUCCAUUUGGCUUGAGGUAAAGAUUGUACCAUCGUUGUUCUAUGUCACCUUCAAAGCACAGUCUGUUUGUGUAGAGGCAGGGUUAUUCAGUAAUGGUUGUGUGGUCGAUAAAAAUGAAAGGUGUCACGUGAUGCCGCUUUUAAAUUUGAUUUACAUAGUUGAUUUCUUGAGAGAAUGAAUGAAUAUAAAAAAUCUCUAAAAUUUCUAACAUAUAGUAGACUCAGAUUGCCAAAUAGAGAAAAAAAAAUAUUUUUGUAGAAAGGCAUAGAAGAGUCACACGUUGUUGGCAACAAAAAGUUUUAGAAU